UGGUUGACGGCUAGAACGGAGACGCGCGGUGGAAACGGAACUCUCUGACCUCAUUGGACGCUGUCCCCCAGCAUGCUCCUGCGCAGGCGGGGCUGGCGUCGUAACGCCUCGGGGAAAAGGAAGCGGACGGGACCGCGAAUUGCUGCCUGUGGCUUUUAAUUUUUCUGCUGACUGGAUUUGGUCACUGAUUCCUCAUCUUUUGUCUGUUGCACGCAUCUCGCCCUCCCCAUUUGCUUCCCCACUUCUCGGAUCCGGCCCUCGGGGCUUUCACGCCAGUUCUCUCACUCCGCCGUGAGCCCCUGCUGGUCCCCGGGCGGGCCUGGCCAGGAGGCGGUAACUAUGGAGAACAUGGCGGAGGAGGAGCUGCUGCCCCAGGAGAAGGUGGAGGUGGUCCAGGUCCCGGUCCCGACCCCGACCCUGGACUCGGCUCGGGUCCCAGCGCCGGCCCCGGAUUCGGCUCCGGUCUCGGCCUCGACCCCGGCCCCGGCCUCGGCUCCGACUCCGGCCUCGGCUCCAGUCCCAGCCCCUGCCCUGGCCCAGGCUCCGGCCCUGUCCCCGUCCCUAGCCUCUGCCCCUGAUGAGGCUGAAAGCAAUGGUCUAGUUAGCCCUUUGAAAUCAGUCUCAUAUAGGCAAGAUGAAGAUGGCAUAACUGAAGUAGAAUUGAAAAUUGAGGAAGAAAAAGAAGUUUUAAAAGAACCGCCUAGCAUCUUGGAAUCAUCUGAUUUAAUAAGAGAGAGACACAUCUCAAUUCAAAGGCAGCUUGCUGAUUUAGAGAAGUUAGCUUUCAUAACUGAAGGGGAUUGUGACUCUGCCAAUUCACUGAACUCAGAUAAUCUUGAUGCAGGAAACAAACAGGCUUGUCCAUUGUGCCCCAAGGAGAAAUUCAGAGCUUGUAAUAGUCAUAAGCUUCAUCGUCACCUUCAGAAUUUACACUGGAAAGUCUCCGUUGAAUUUGAAGGUUACCGGAUGUGCAUCUGUCACUUACCUUGUCGACCGGUGAAACCAAACAUUAUUGGAGAACAGAUAUCCAGUAAAAUGGGCGCCCAUUAUCAUUGUAUCAUUUGUUCAGCAACAAUCACCAGAAGGACAGAUAUGCUAGGACAUGUCAGGCGCCAUGUGAACAAAGGAGAGACUAAAUCCAGGUAUAUUGCUGCUUCUGCUGCUAAACCACCUAAAGAAAUUCUGAAAGAGGCAGACACAGAUGUACAAGUUUGUCCUAACUAUUCUGUACCUCAGAAAACAGAUUCUUAUUUUAAUCCCAAAAUGAAACUGAAUCGGCAGCUGAUAUUCUGUACACUGGCUGCUCUGGCUAAGGAGCGAAAACCUUUAGAAUGUCUAGAUGCCUUUGGAGCAACUGGGAUAAUGGGAUUACAAUGGGCAAAACAUCUUGGAAAUGCAGUCAAGGUUACAAUUAAUGAUUUGAAUGAAAACUCUGUGACGUUGAUUCAGGAGAACUGCCAUUUAAACAAAUUGAAAGUGGUUGUGGACAGUAAGGAAAAGGAAGAAAGGGAAGAUAUUCUGGAAGAAGGAGAGGAAAACCUUGGUAAUAUUAAGGUGACCAAAAUGGAUGCCAAUGUACUAAUGCAUUUGAGAUCUUUUGAUUUCAUACACCUAGAUCCUUUUGGAACAUCUGUGAACUAUCUUGAUUCGGCAUUCAGAAAUAUAAGAAACCUUGGCAUAGUGUCAGUGACUUCUACAGAUAUCAGUUCUUUAUAUGCCAAGGCACAACACGUUGCCCGGCGUCACUACGGCUGUAAUAUUGUCCGAACUGAAUAUUACAAGGAGCUAGCUGCAAGAAUUGUUGUAGCUGCAGUGGCAAGAGCUGCAGCCCGAUGUAACAAAGGCAUAGAAGUACUGUUUGCAGUGGCUCUGGAACAUUUUGUGUUGGUUGUUGUGAGAGUUUUGAGGGGGCCAACUUCUGCAGAUGAAACAGCCAAGAAGAUUCAGUACCUAAUCCAUUGUCAGUGGUGUGAAGAGAGAAUUUUUCAGAAGGAUGGUAAUAUGGUAGAAGAAAACCCAUAUAGACAGCUACCCUGUAAUUGUCAUGGAAGCAUGCCUGGAAAGACAGCAAUAGAACUUGGACCUCUAUGGUCAAGUUCCCUUUUCAAUACUGGAUUCCUCAAAAGAAUGCUGUCUGAAUCUCUUCACCAUGGCUUAGAUGACAUUCAGACCCUAAUAAAGACACUCAUCUUUGAGUCAGAGUGUACUCCUCAAAGUCAGUUUUCAGUUCAUGCACCUUCAAAUCUCAACAAGCAAGAAGAAUGCGGUGUAUUUAUUAAAACUACAGAUGAUACCACAACGGACAGUCACAGCGCACAAGGAAAGAGAAAAAGUAAUGAAACAACUGCAAAUUUAGUCAAGAGGCAAAAGACUGAUGUCAAUACUGAACAUCCUCCCUUUUAUUACAACAUCCACAGACACAGCAUUAAAGGAAUGAAUAUGCCAAAGUUAAAAAAGUUUUUGUGCUAUCUUUCUCAAGCAGGCUUUCGAGUAAGCCGAACUCACUUUGAUCCAAUGGGAGUUCGUACAGAUGCACCUCUAAUGCAGUUUAAAUCCAUCCUUUUGAAGUACAGCACCCCUACUUACACUGGAGGACAGUCAGAGGGCCAUGUCCAACCAGCAUCUGAAGAUACAGUAGCUGACAGGGUUGAAAUGUCAGUGAAUGACAAAGCAGAAGCAGGUGGUUGCAGAAGAUGGUAAUGUAAAGGAAAGUUUCUCAGAUGUCUGUGUUGGUGACCUAAUAGUUCUCUAAAACAACUGUAGUGCUUUUUCUAUUCUUUCAAUUCAGUUGUGUUUAAAAAAAAAAAAAAACAGUGCUCUUUUCAUUCAGAAAAUUAGCAGUUUCUAAUUUAGCUGGUUUGGGAGCUAUGCUUUCCAAGUUUUUCUUAUUUUAAAGAAAACUUAAAAUUUUAAUGAAAACAUUUCAUAUGAAGCCAAGUUUGUGACUGAGAUCACCCUACUGUUAAAUAACUCAGAAAAUGUUCACAUGCAGAGUGUAUGGAAUUUUAUGUUAUGAAAAUAACACAUUACUUAAUCUCAGCUCUACUUAAAGUGAUUCACGAUGUUUAUCUUUUCUGUUUUGUAAUGUGUAAGAUGAAUCCAAAAUCCUUUUAUUAAAGUGACCCUAAAUAGGAAUAGUGUCCUUUCUGAUUACAAAUGUUAUUAUUUCACAAAUACAGGCUAAAAUAUAUUCCCAAGUUCAAGAAAUCUUAUUUCUCCAACUAAAUACUUAUCAGAGAGAGAAAUACAUUUUCUUAUAAGUUUAAAGUCUGAUGAUUACACUUUAGAGUAAGAUUUUGUUAAAAUAAAUUGAGACUACUGUUCUAAUGUAAUUGUUUACAAGCAUGAAAUUCUGAGGAGAGAUUUCGUUAUGAAUUAAACAAACUGGGUGAUCUCAAGUGCCUCAGUUAAUGCACGUACAGUAUUCAUUCGCUUGGUUAUGCUACCUCUCAGGGGUAAAACUUGUCACCUUAUGAAUUUAUGAAGUGAGGAUUUUCUUGCUUUUGGGGGUGGGUUUUUUUGUUUGUUUUGCUUGUUUUUUUGGUUUGUGUAUGUGCUAAUUUUUUGUACAAGUAGCCCAGGCUAACAUGACUAUGGAAAUUAGUUGGAAAAAAAUAUCUUGUUUCCAUUAAUAAAUAUGGUUGGUUCUUGCUUCA